CAAAGUCAAGGGACCAAUGAGAGAGAUGAGAGAGAUCAGAAGCAGCUUUUUCGCUUGCCAUUUGGCGGUCUCUCUCUCUUGAUCUCAAAUUCUAGAGAGAGAAAGGGAAAGAGUGGGAAGAGGGCAGUGGAAAGCCAAAACGAAACCCACUAACCUUGUGAAUAUGAUCUCGACAUUUCUUAACUUUUUCCCCCAACACUCACUUUUUAUAUCAUCUUCUUUUCCUUUUGUCAGAACCCUCAACAUUUUUUUUCUCAUCUCACACACCUUUGAUUUUUGGUAAUGGUGAUUAAUAAUGGAUGCCUUAUUCUUCAGGCAGCAGCAGCUGGUUUCUGAUGUUCAAUCUUACAGCAACUCCACCCGAAACGAUGUCGUCGUCAACUCGUCGAGUAGCUUCGAAAAUUCUGCUACUGAUCGUGAUCGUAAUCAAAAUCCUUACUUCCUUGACCAGCCAACACAAGAAUGCUUCUCCAGCUUGUCGGUCACGGAGGAUGAAGAUCAUGACCAUUUCUCUGCAGCCUCUUCUUCCAACCACUACCGCCAUCCUCCACAUCCCCAUACCGCUACCGUCAGUACUACUUCUAUCGGUACGGCUACUCCAACAGAUCAAAGAUUCUCCCAUUUCAUCAAAGACUUGAACUUCAAAUUCUCCGACAAUUGGGCCUCUGAGUUACUCCUCCAAACAGCCAUCGCUAUUACCGACAAUAACACUUCUCGCAUCCAACAAUUCAUGUGGAUGCUCAAUGAACUUGGCUCCCCGUACGGCGACACUAACCAAAAGCUGGCUUUCUACUUCCUUCAAGCCAUGUUUAGUCGCGUCAUUGACUCCGGUGACCGAUGCUAUCGAAGCUUGGUGGCAGUGUCGGAGAAACGAUCUUGUUUCGAGUUAACGAGAAGGAUAGAGCUGAAGUUUCAAGAGAUGAGUCCAUGGAUGACUUUUGGUCAUGUAGCUUCCAAUGGUGCCAUAAUGGAGGCUUUUGAAGGAGAACGAAAGUUGCACAUAAUUGAUAUUAGCAACUCCUUUUGUACCCAAUGGCCGACCUUACUCGAAGCUCUUGCGACACGAUCAAACGCCGAAAUUCCUCACUUGAAGCUAACAAUGCUAAUUACCGCCAAAUCUAAUACCACCCUCGAAUCUCAGAAGGUGAGAAAUUUUACUAGGUCACAUAAAUUUAGUAAUAAAAAUCUCUUAUCGCAAUUCUACUAUGUUUUUUACCGGCAAGAGAUCAAGGAAAUAAAAAAAAAGGAUAGAAGAGAGAUUUUUUUUUAGUGUUACAAAUAUGUCUAUGUUUAAUAAGUUUCAAUUUAAUUUCAUAUAGUUCAUAUAUUUUAAUAUUUUAAAAUUAUAUAUUAUUGUUAAUAUUUCAACAGUGCUCAGAAAACAAUUUAGAGAAAGAAAUAUCU